AUGAGUCGCGAAGUGCAGAAAGAGAAUGCAACGCCCAGCACGGGUGGUACAACCGAGGGCCACCAGUACGUGGGCCCGUACCGGCUCGAGCGAACGCUCGGCAAGGGCCAAACCGGUCUGGUGAAGCUCGGUGUACACUGCGUACUCGGCAAGAAGGUGGCGAUCAAGAUUAUUAACCGGGAGAAGCUCAGCGAGUCGGUGCUGAUGAAGGUUGAGCGAGAAAUUGCCAUCAUGAAGCUAAUCGACCAUCCUCACGUCCUCGGGCUAACGGAUGUGUACGAGAACAGAAAAUACCUAUAUCUCGUACUGGAGCACGUGUCCGGUGGUGAGCUGUUUGACUAUCUCGUAAAGAAGGGCCGGCUAACGCCAAAGGAGGCGAGAAAGUUUUUCCGCCAGAUCAUCUCCGCCCUGGACUUUUGCCAUUCGCACUCGAUAUGCCACCGGGAUUUGAAGCCGGAAAAUCUGUUGCUGGACGACAAGAAUAACAUUAAGAUAGCAGAUUUUGGAAUGGCGUCACUGCAGCCAGCUGGCUCCAUGCUGGAAACAUCCUGCGGAUCGCCACACUACGCCUGUCCGGAGGUGAUUCGGGGCGAAAAGUAUGAUGGCCGACGGGCGGAUGUGUGGUCCUGCGGGGUAAUACUGUACGCGCUGCUGGUCGGUGCACUACCGUUCGACGACGACAACCUGCGGCAGCUGCUGGAAAAGGUGAAACGAGGCGUGUUUCACAUACCACACUUUGUGCCGCCGGACUGCCAAAGUUUGCUGAAGGGCAUGAUAGAGGUGAACCCGGAAAAGCGGCUUACCUUGGCAGAAAUCAACAAACAUCCGUGGGUGACGGCCGGUGGGAAGGGUGAGCUGGAGCUGGAACUGCCCAUGAUGGAGGUCGUCCAGACGCACGUCAUCCCGAACGCGUCCUCCGUCGACACGGACGUGCUGAAUGCCAUCUGUUCGCUCGGUUGCUUCAAGGAGAAGGACAAAUUGAUACAGGAACUGCUUAGCCCACACCACAAUACGGAGAAGGUGAUUUACUUCCUGCUGCUGGAUCGGAAGCGACGGCGACCGGCAAUCGAGGACGAGGAGGACGUGCUGAGACCGCGCAACGACAUCAUUGAGAUCGCCGACCCGCCCCGGAAACGGCUCGAUACGUGCAGAAUCAAUGGUAGCAGCAGCCUUUCGUACGGACAGAUCAGCGAGGGCUCGCCGUUAACCUCACGGCGGCAGACGUUCAACAAUGGCCAUCGUAGCCACAGUGGCAGCACCAGCAGUGGUAGCCGUCGGUCACCGUCGUCGGUUCCACUGUCACGUAGCUCAUAUCAAAGUCCAACGCGCGGUGUCGUUGUCAACUCCUCGCAACCACUGAAUCAACUCCAUCCACCAUCAUCGCCGAAUGCGGCCUCGAACCGACACUCCAACUACUCGCCAAGAAGCAGCACCAAGUCGCAGGUCAUCGAUUCCUCCUCGCCGGUUCACCAUCGGGCCAACUCCGGUCCGGCCGUAACGGUUGGGCUGUUUUCGGAAACUGACUCCAACAACAUGACAUCAUCAAUCAAUGCCAUCCCGGGCUCGCCGAUACUGGGCAGUCCGCAACAGCUGCAGGCCGUUACUACCGGCAGCCAGCUGUGGAAGACUCGACUGACGAACAUUAAGAAUAGUUUCCUAGGAAGUCCAAAGUUUCAUCGUAGAAAAAUGCAAAUAUCCACAGAAGAAGUGCAUCUUACUCCGGAGUCAUCGCCGGAGCUGACGAAAAAGUCUUGGUUCGGGAACCUGAUGACGACCGAAAAGGACGAAACGUUCACAGUAUUAGUGAAGGGCAAACCGCUAGCGACGGUUAAAGCUCACCUGAUCCAUGCCUUUCUAUCGAUGACUGAGCUAUCGCAUAGCGUCCUUUCGCCAAUGUCUUUCCGUGUGGAGUACAAGCGCGGUGGUACCGGACCGACGAUGUUCCAGCGGCACGUCCGGAUACAGGUCGACAUCAAUACGAUCUGCAAGCAGGGUGACGUCGGUGACAUGCUGUUCGCCAUUACGUUUACGCUGAUCUCCGGCAAUAUACGCCGGUUCCGACGUAUCUGUGAGCACAUACAGGCGCAGGUCUGCUCGAAGCGUUACCCUGCGCUGAGUAGCCCGACGAACCAGCACAACAACAAGGUGGCCAACAGCGUGGCCGAAAGUAUAUCCUGUGGGUCCGAUUCAAGCGAUCGCAUCAACUACAACAAACACAAGGAGUCUGACAUCGAGCAGGAAACGUUCUACGAUACGACCAGCAUUGGGAAGACGCGCCGAUCGUCGGCCACCUCGUCCAACAAAAACUCAGUAUCAUCGGAUGAAAUCGAAAUCAAAACCGUACGCUCGAGCUCGGAAUCCACGGAACGUGAACGGGAACGCAGCACGGAACGGCCGGCGGCCAUGUCCGGUAGUGCGCUGGUAUGAGAAUUAUUUCUCUGAUAGGAUUCAGCGAACAGUGGCCCUCCCGAGAUGGUGGAGGUAGCCGGACCGAAUCCUACACGCAACGCCGAACCGCUCAUCGCCGCUCGUCCGGACGUCACCGGUGACGCAGACCAUGCGAACGCGAUCGCAACUGCCGAAGAUAUUGACGAUACCGGCGAGCUGAUGGAGUUAAUUGCAAACCAAAUGGAGAUCUGACUAUAAAACUUCACACUCCCAUGUACGGCCUUCUCAGCGGCCUUCUUCCUAGCAUCCUUCCUUUCCAUCUUUAGCUAAUCGGGCAGAGCCACCACCAUGUGUGACCCGGUGUAUGCGCCCUCUCCGCCACUGCGGUUGGUGUGUCAGUGUGACUGCGCGGUCAGCCACGCCACCGGGCGUAAACCGAUACCGUUCCAGCAGACGAACAAUCCAUAUACUACAACUACUAGUGCUAUUUCUACUACUUAUCGCUACUAUUGAAUACUAGCCGUGUGGAGCGCGCACGUUGGACCGGAACCGUCAAGCUGGAGUCAGUAGGGGAGCUUUGAAACUAUCGAACGGACUUUGCCCACAUGUUUGGCAACCCAACUACGUAUUAUGGUCAAUUUCGUAUCAAUCGCAUCGAGUAAACGUUAGCAUCACGAUAAGAGCUACUUUCCCCCGUGACGAUAAGACACAAGCCCAGGAAAAACUCAUUUUAGAAACUCAUUUAAGCUUAAAUAGAAACGAAUAGAAUACGUCCCCCAAGAAGUACUCAAUACCAGGCAAUGGGAAACUGUGCUAUACUUAAGGCUUAUUCAAAUCUUCAUGAGGAGCGAUUCUAGUGGGAAGUUUAAGGGCACAUCAUACAGAGUUUUGCGUUUUUGGAACGUAUAGUACGAUAUUACAUAACGCACGCACACACUCACCUACACACAGUGGGAUUGGAAUCCGUUUUGGGACAACCAGUGUUGGGUCAAGUGGCACAUUGAGCUGAGCGAACCGCUCGUUUGAGCUUUGAGCUGACAGAUUGAGGCAGCUCCAUCGCUCACGAUCCAACACUAGGUGUCGCCAUACGAACACAACGCCUAACAGAAAUAAUACGUACGGAGGGAGUAUACAAUACAGCCAACUUGAUCUUGAAUGUCCAAGGAUAAACGAUUUAACGAUUUUAGACCUCAACAUUACUUAUCUUUGUGACACUGAAGAUGGAAAUGAAAGAUGCACCUAGAAGCAUGUGAGAAGUGUUGGUAAAAGAAAAUGGUCGGGAGUUACAGAAAGCAGAAAAAAAAACGGAUACUCUGGGAAGAAUGGAUAGUGUUUGGCAGAGUUUCGGACAGUAUGCAGCAUGUCUCUACAUUACAUUGCAUGUGCCGAAGAAAAAGAAAAUACAACAUGGAACCAUAUACUUUAUCUAAGCUAGUCAAGAAACAAAACAAGCUACCAGGGUGUGGUAGGUAAGCAGCUAAAACAGAUUAAAGAAAACAAAAAUAAGCUCCUAGUACUAUGCUAUACUACUCACACAAACACGACUACCUACUGCUUUACAAAACACAACAAAACAAUGGUAUUCAAUGGUGACACAGUAGCUAACGGAGAUGAUAAUGAAGUCGUUUAAAUGCUCCUAAAUAUGAAACUACUAAUAGACUAGCGAGAAACGUGGGGUGGACGCAGUACGGUGGAAAUAACUUUGUUUGUCUAAUCCUUUCUCAACCGCGCGGUGAAGAUACACUCUCGAGGUACGAACUAAACGCAACCAAAAAAAGCUAAAACCCUUACCCAAACAUAACAUGAUGGAUAGCACGUGUGCAAAAUUUAGUCUAAUUGCUGCCAUUUCUCAGCCGAUUUCCGUAGUGGUGAUGGUGUCCGUCGAGGGAGUACAUACGAUAAGGUCAGUCGUUUAAGAAAACAAAUCACAGUUAUAGUGCAAUUCGUAACAGAGUAAGGGCUAGGGAUAGACGCACUCGUUCGGCAAUGCGAGUGUGCUAAGCGCGGGGCAUCCAUGUUUGAAAGCUUUGCUUUUGCUAUUUUCCUUCAUUUGAUGAGGCUAGUGUAAUGAUUGUUUUAUAGUCGUUUUCGCUUGCUACAAACGGUUUUUAUAUAAGGGACGUUGUACUGAAGGGGUACUCUCACAGCACACUGCAACAACAGCAUACACGUAUAACGGCAAAGAACGGAGGCUAUGAUACUGUGAACCGUAGUAUCUGACGACAUAAAAAUCAAAACAGGAAGUACCGCACUCCUACACAGUGAUGCGCAAUGUAAAAAGGAAGGGGAAAAUCAAGGUGGUGUACUGCAAAAUGAUCGCAACACCCAAAUUAAUAUGCAAAUAAUCGACGAACCACGAACGCUUAUUAGUUAUAUUGCCUAAACGUUGAGGAGAAGUGGAGGAACCCCCAUUAGUUGGCACUUUGGUAGUACACAAUGUCUACCACGUGAGGAGGUAGUGUAAUAGACUAUGCAGGAGUUUGAGCAAGACAAGCAUUAUUUUUCCUAGUUAAACAUAAUUUUGAUUUUUAUAGAAUAAUCAAAACUCAUGAACAGUGUUUCUCUAGCUUAAGCUAAAAUUAAUACGUUGAUCGGUUAAUUUUUCACAGUAAAGAUACUGCAAUUUCAUUACUAUCACCGUUUCGAUUUGCUGUAAUGUAUCACUAGUUCACAAGAACGGGGAGUUCUUUCACGUGCGUUUAUAGCGGGUAGUUAGUGUCUUCAGGAACAUGCGGCUUCAGCUUUCGACUACUAACACUGCGCCAGAGGCUGCGUACUAACCGGAACGGAUCAUACUCAUACAUAUGUCUGAUCUUAUGAGGAGGUGAGUCGCAACGAAUAGGGAAGGACGUCAUCGUCCGGUAGCUCAAGAUGUGACGUUUGUUGCAAUUGUUUCACUAGUCCAUAAUUAGAUAAACAGGCUAUUGAAUAUCUAAACAGCAGGAAGAACACAACACACACUCAAUCUUAUUCACAAACGAUCGACAUACUCAAAGUUAGACAUUCGUAGGGUUCUACACUGACAUCCGAUGAUAUUCACCGAGUAUCCGAAGGGCAUUAGGUAAGGAAAUCAAAACAUAUACCGAGCGAAACCCGGAACACACCUGCACAUCUACUCACCAAAGGCAAGGAGUUUCCUUUUGUUUGGUCGCUUUCGUUCAACAACCACUACCAUAAGUACAAUGCGUGUUUGAAAAAAGAAGAAGAAAGAUGGCGCCACGCAUACAAAACAAACACAAUGAAUCAAAAUCAUCUAUACCAAUUGAAUUAGCAAACAUGGCAAAACAGUACGAACAGGAAACGAAACACAAAUACCCAAAAUAACAAAACGAAAGCUUUUAAACCAGGUACGUAUGAUGCUUGUGUAAACUAAACGAUACUUUUCUCAAUUUCCUACUAAACGGAGAGCUUAGCAGUUGAGCAGGGACGCAUUUUGGGCAAAGGUUGGUGUGCGUAAGGACCGUGAUUUUUGCAGUCUAUUAAACACUCACACACUACAGUAACUGGCCGUAACUGGCACUUUGACGAAGACGUGCGGUAAGGAGACAAAAAGUUGUAAAAAGAAUUGAAAAGAACAUAAGUAAAGCGAAGGGCUACUUUCCAAAAUUUCACACUAACGCGAAACACACUACUAAGGGCAAAAACAAGAAAACAAAACAGGCUAAAACGCAAAAUUUGUAAUAAAAUACCGCUUAACCAUUGAACAAAGAAAAGGGAAUUAAGAUAAAAACAAAACAAAACAAAAAAACAAAAAGCUUGUGCAAAUAUUAUACAGUGCUAGUCGUUAUAGUUGUUGCAAAUAAAAAAGAAAAAGAAACGGGGAAUGAAGGAAGAAUGGUAGCAUUAAUAAUAUGAUCAUGAACAAUGUAAGAAAACAAUGUACUGGAAACAAUGUAAAUGAAGUGUUUGAGAGCUUUUGCAUUAUGGAAAGGAAAGACAGUGUAAUCAAAUCGCAAUAAGGCAGCAGCAAAUGUGACGCAGACUCGUUACUUGUACAUGUAAAAAUUGUAAUGGAACUGGGAUGGGAGUGAAUUGGUGUACGAAUGUGUGUGUGUGUAAAGUGCGUGGGAUGAAAAUGGAAAGCGAAUAAAGGACAGGGUAGGCGCGAUAGAAUGGAAACGCAAGCUAAAAUAACCAAAGUGAAAUAUACAACAACAAAACGAGCAAAAUUUGAACAUAACAACCGCAAAGUAGAUAGCACUGUGCCAUCAAAACUAGUUGCAAACUAACACAAACCCCGUUUGCGUAACAUUGAAAUAGAAAGCGAUAAACGUUCACCGGCAUUUAGUAACACACACAACACAAAUAGUAACAGAUAGCACUCCACCGUGACGCCAUUUUGCAUGGUGUGAGUGUAUGCAUUUGGGGGAAAUAGUACAUCCUAAACCACGGCAAGUGAAUUAAUAGCAGCAACGUAACGCUAAUUGUAAAAUUGUGCAGAGAUAAAAGAACCCAAUGUUUUUUUUUUGUAAAAAUGAAGAAAAAAGAGAAACAGAACCUAAUGACCGACGUGGCCGGUAACAUAUAGUAACGUUUCCGUUGGUGCUGGGACGACCGCAAACGACUGUUGCUCCCGUCCUCUCAGCCAACGGGACCGGGAAGCUUCGCGGGUGUGUGUUUGUGUUGCGAAGGAGGGAAAUAAUAUACAAUUUCGAAAUACACGCCA